AAUUUUGCUGCGUGUCUGGAGCGACUCCAAACAACCACCCCGCCCCUCCUCCGGUACCUCCCUGUUCGGAUUCAGCUACACCCUGAGCGGAGGAGGUGGAGUUGCUGACGGCUACGGUGGCCAGUUGAAAUGCUGCUGUCCGGACUUCCUAACAAGCAGACUGAUGAUGGACGCAGCCUCGUCUCUACAGAUCGUGGUGAAUACACCAAAUGUCCUGGUGGAAGCAGACUGUGGGAACUGUGUAGAUCUUCCUGGGGAUGACCACCUCAUGACGCUAAAGGCUUUGACUGAGAAAUUAAGACUGGAGACCAGGAGGCCAUCUUACCUGGAGUGGAAAGCCCGGUUGGAAGCAGAAAGCUUUAAAGAGUCACAGAUUGGAAAAUUCCAGCACCAGGAGGAGCGGGACGGGGAACCAGUCACAGACAAAGAGGCUGUAGCAAGCUCAGACAAAAAUCAGAGAAAGCAGCCCUUAGGUGUGCUGAAUGGGUUUGAAAAUGUUGAUGAAGCACUCUCUUGGCUCAGAAGAGAGCUGACAGACAUGCGCUUGCAGGACCAGCAGCUGGCUAGACAGCUCAUUCGACUCCGGAGUGACAUCAACAUGCUGAAGAUCGAGCAGACGUGCCAUCUGCACCGCCGCAUGCUCAACGACGCCACCUUUGGCCUCGAGGAAAAGGACGAGAUGUCCGACCUGCUGUGCGAGUGCCCCGUCACGCCAGGGCUCGGGCUCUCAGCCCCACUGAGACUCAUCGGGGUCACUAAGAUGAACAUUAACUCUCGAAGGUUCUCGCUCUGCUAGCUGGAGCUUUGUGCAGAAAAAAACAAGCAGUAGGUUAAAAAAAUCCUUGCUUAGGAAUAUGUUCGAUGUAUGAAGAAAAAAAAUGAUUAGAGUUAGGUCAACAUAUAGUGUGUUUGUCAUUAAAGUUUCUUGCAAAAGUAUUGACGGCUGUCAUGGUGUCAGCAUGCUUUCUUCAAGAGGGACAGGGAAGUUUGUCACAGCUGAUUGGAAAGUGGGUGGAACUAAUUACAGGGCAUAACCUCUAAGGUUACAAAAGACCUAAGGCUGACGAGAAGGUUCACCUCGCAGCAGGAAAAUUCUCCAAAACAAGUUUCAGAUUUCUGUAAUAAAAUCUUUUGAAACUGUAUAAUCUUCCUUUGAUUUCCCAAGUACGUGCUACUUUGUUGUUGUUCGAUCAUGUAAAAUCCCAUUAUAAUAAAUUUAACUUUGUGAUUGUAAUGUAAACAACAUGUAAAAUUGUCCAAGGAGUAGAAGACUGUAACGACACAUGGCAGCUAUUUUAUAAACAAGAUUUAUUAAA